UAAACCCAGCCCUCGCCUCGAAUGGCUCAUUGAACAGGAGCAUUGCUCGCCUCGUCCUCGGCUGAUAUUCUUCGUUCCGCCGGGUGUCAUUGUUUGUUUUGUACCCUUGGCAGGAAAAGUUCCCAAUAAGGCCGACUCGGCUGAUCUUCCUCCGUAUUCCUGCGUUGAGCCUCGCUUGUUGACGAUCAUGGGAGAAUUCGAGAACACUACGGAUUACUUAGACUAUGAUAUUUUCGAAGACCUCAUUCCUGUCAGAGACACAUACAGAAAAGAAACCUCAAUAGAGCCUCUGACCAUUGUUCAAGUGGUCACCGCUCUCAUCUACAGCAUCACCUGCCUCCUGGGUCUAUUGGGCAACGGUUUGGUCAUCGCCAUUAUCUUCAAGAUGAAGAAGACAGUCACCACCAUCUGGUUCCUCAACCUGGCAGCUGCUGACUUCCUCUUCAACGUCUUCCUGCCCCUGAACAUCGCCUACACCGCCAUGGGUUUCCACUGGGUUUUUGGCAGAGACAUGUGCAAAGUCAACAAUUUGCUUCUCAACCUCAACAUGUACACCAGUGUGUUUCUGCUGACCAUCAUCAGCUUUCACCGCUGCGUUUUGGUGAUCUUCCCAGUCCAAUCUCAAAAGCAUUGGACCCCGACAAUUGCCUGGGUGGUCUGCGUCGUCAUUUGGGUUUUCGGUUUUCUAAUGAGCUCCCCUUCCAUUGUUUUCCGAGACACCACAACCUUCCACAACCGCAUCCUUUGUUUCUACAACUUCUCCUUGUCUAGUUCUCGAAAUGACUCUGGCCUUGGCACCCAGAAACACAAAAUGGUAACCACCUUUCGCUUCCUGAUGGGGUUUAUCUUACCAGUGAUCAUUAUCACAGUAUGUUACAUUACCAUAAUUUUUCGCCUGAAAAAGAACCGCCUCACCAAGUCCAAGAAGCCGUUGAGAAUCAUUGUCACCAUUAUCACCACCUUCUUCUUGUGUUGGUGUCCAUACCAUACCCUCCACCUCCUGGAAACUGACCAUCGCUCAGUUCCAGAAACAGUCUUUGAAAUUGGGUUGCCCCUUGUCACCGCCAUCGCCGCUUCCAACAGCUGCAUGAACCCGAUCCUGUACGUCUUCAUGGGCCAAGAUUUCAGGAAGUUUAAGGUAACCAUCCUGUCCAGGCUGGCGAAUGCCCUGACCGAGGACACAAUCAAUUCGGUCCACUCAUUCUCACGCAAGAGCGUCACCAAAGCCAGUUCAAUGACUGAAAAAGAAUCCAUUUUACUCUGAGCUUUGGAACCCAACGUGGAUUACAGUAGAUCCUGGUUUCCAGCAAUGAUCCAAAGCUCCUGAUGGUUGCCUUCUUGGAUUAUUCCGGUGGUUUCAGGAAGGACUUGAUACUGGCUUGGUGAAUCUAAGCCAAUGGUGGUUAUAAGUACACUCUUGUUUAUUCUUAUCACAGCAUUUUGCAGGUUAUGGCAUAAACACCUGACCCUAACCACAGAAACAAACUUCACGACAAAGGAAGGCUUGAUGGUUGAACUUCAGCCUGUAAAGUCUUCACUGCAUCCUACAAGUUCUUCGCAAUAAGCAUAUUUUGAGCUCUGGGGGAAAUGGACCCCCCCUCUCUGAUCUGAGAAUUGGGAAGUUUAGGGUUUGUAGAGAUUCUCAGUCCUCCAGGUCCUGGUUGUCCCCAAGGUGCUUUUUUCAGGAGGAAACUGGACUUUCUUGGUUUUUCUUUGAAGACAUUUCACUUCUCAUCCAAGAAGCUUCUUCAGUUCUGACAGGAUGGCGGGGAAUUGCCUCCUUAAAAAGCACCUUUGGAAAUUUAGGGUGAAUUUGUUUUAGACAGGACUCUGAAACAGAUGGGUAUGUGUGUGUGUGUGUGUGUGUUUCCUAAUCCUUUGUACCUGUGCAAAUCCAGGUGUGAUUUCUCAUUCUGUCACCUUCCAGGUGAGCAGACAUGCAAGAGAUUCAUUUCCUGCAAUCGUCAAGUUUCCCAGUGGAGAAUUUAAUUCUGGUAAAAUAAAAUAAAAAACCUUCUUUCCAUACUAUAAAUCACUCUUCGGAGAAUCAUCAUUUCAUACAGUUCUGUCCAGCAACUUUCUCUCUCUUGUUGACUUUUCCCUGAGAUUUCAUAGUCCACGAAUAAAUCUUUGCUCUAAGAGGCGGGUGGUGCAUCCCAUCUAUUCAAUUUCAUGCCCAGUUAAUUUGGGAAAUAAUUCAUUUUCCGCUCUUUUUCUUUUCGCUGAUGAAUAGACCUAAAUCUGAGGCGCUGAGCUAGAAUCCAACCCUGGAUUUAUAACUUGAUCAGUUGGUUUUCCUUAUCCCAGAUCUAACAAAACCGCUUCGGAUUGUAUCUGGAAAGACCUGGGCUAUGGAAGCUCUCUUUCUGAAUCCUUCUUUCCCCCCCGAAGGGUCAGGCAGAACAACGUCUCCACCCUGGAGUAGAUCAACAAGGAUCUCUAACUCCUGGCAGUCUCCCCAGAUACAACCAGAAUUAAAAAGGAAGUUGUGGAAAUUUGAUACACCGGGAACAAUCUCUUGCAUGAAAGAAAUAGUUCCUGGACAUGCAAACAUUUUUUCCAGCUGGUGAAUCUUAAAGGAUGAGAGUCCGUCAUUCAAGUCCCAGCAAUACGACGUGUGUUGAACAUCAAUCUGUCGUCUCAGGUUUUCUACAAAUGAAAAAGUAUGUACCAGUAGGUGUUGUAUGUAAGAUUCCUAACAAGUAUAUCUGUAUUUAAGAUAAGUUGGGGUUUUUUUUAACUUGGUAUUUCUAAAGAUACGCACUGUUGUUGUUUUUUUCAUAAGCAAUUUUGUAAAGUCCACCUUUUUUAAAUGAAAAAAAUAAAUUCCAAGCAGUGAUAUCCUGUAGCAUUUGUGUUGCAAAGUGGGGCGUAUAUUAAAUAA